AGGGUUUAACUUGAUAUUUAGCGUCGAGAGAGAGAGAGAGAGAGAGAGAGAGAAUUCAAACAUCGGCAGGCAGCAAUGGCGAGCACCAAAGUUCAGAGGAUUAUGACCCAACCUAUCAACUUGAUUUUUAGGUUUCUUCAAAGUAAAGCUAGGAUCCAGAUUUGGCUAUUUGAGCAGAAAGAUCUGAGGAUUGAAGGAAGGAUUACUGGUUUUGACGAGUACAUGAACCUUGUGUUGGAUGAAGCUGAAGAAGUGAGCAUCAAGAAGAACACCAGGAAACCACUUGGAAGGAUUCUACUCAAAGGAGACAACAUAACUCUGAUGAUGAACACGGGAAAGUAAUGUCUGUUCUCCACAAACUCUCUCUAGAUGAUUAGUGGAUUCGACUAUCUCCAAAGCUUUUGCUAAAUAUAUGUUGAGUUGAGUUCUUCUUCAGUUAACUGAUAAUGCCUUCUUCUCUUCAUGAUCGUGUAAUAUUGCAUUGUAGUGACAAGUUUGAAAAAUUAUGGAACUUGGUUGAAGAAUCUUA